GUGGGUAGGAGACGCAGCGUCACCCCUCUUCCUCGGCACCCCGGAAAGUGGGCUUAGGGAGCGGCGGAGCCCCCUCGUCCCGGCCCUGCGCGGCGCCCCUCGGCAGCCUCGGGAUGUCCGGACCUCUCGCCGCUCCCGGCGCGCCUCCGUCCUCGGCCGCCGCCUGCUCACCUGCGCCGCAGCCGGGUCCCGGAACCGAAGUGUCGCGGCGCCCCGCGCUCCGGGGGAAGACUUCGGCGGCCGGACCCGCGCGCGCUUCCGCUUCCGGCCGGCGGGCUCGGCGGGCCGCGGGCGCGAUGGAGGAACCCGAGUUGCAGCUCAAGGGGAAGAAAGUCACGGACAAGUUCACCGAGAGCGUCUACGUGCUGGCCAACGAGCCGUCGGUGGCACUGUACCGGCUUCAGGAGCACGUGCGCCGUUCGCUGCCCGAGCUGGCCCAGCACAAGGCGGACAUGCAGCGCUGGGAGGAGCAGAGUCAAGGCGCCGUCUAUACCGUGGAGUACGCGUGCAGUGCCGUCAAGAACCUGGUGGACAGCGGCGUGUACUUCCGCAGCGUUGAGGGGCUCCUAAAACAGGCCAUCAGUAUCCGGGAGCACAUGGGAUCCGGCGCCCACAGUCAGGGCCACAGGUAGCACCACCCUGCAGCCUGGACAGGAGUCCUGGCCACCCCUGGCCCUUCUGCCCAGGCCAGCAGCAGGAACUGUAAUGGGAGCAGAGCGGCUUUGCCCGGCAGAGACUCACAGCUGG